AUGUCCACCGAACAUCAAAAUGAGAUUGAUUACGAAAAUGAAUGCCACGACCGGGAACCAAGUUGGCCUGAGACACCGAAAACGCCACAUUCUGACUUUUUAGAGCUGUCUUCUGAGCCAACUCGAGACUUUACAUCUCAAUUGCACACAGGCAACCGAACAAGCAAGGGCAUGGUCGACAAGUUCGCCGAAGGAACUUUCAAUGAGACUACUGCUCAGACUUCCUCUAAUACAAUGACGAGUACACCUGUAGCUGGAGAAGACAGUGAAACGAAGCAGGGACAAAUUCAAACGACAGAUUUUACGCCAUUUUCUGGAACUUUUGAUGCCAGUCUGGUGCUAGCAAAGAUGAAUGAUAAUAGGAGCUAA